AAAACCGUUUCAGCUGCUGCUGGAGAGUGUGUUUCCAGGAGACUGAGAAAGACCCAUCAGGAACCGAAAAUGCCGAAACCAAUCAACGUCCGAGUUACCACCAUGGACGCGGAGCUGGAGUUCGCCAUCCAGCCAAAUACAACAGGAAAACAGCUUUUCGAUCAGGUGGUUAAGACCAUCGGCCUUCGGGAAGUGUGGUACUUUGGCCUCCAGUAUGUAGAUAAUAAAGGAUUUCCUACCUGGUUGAAACUUGAUAAAAAAGUGUCCGCCCAGGAGGUCAGAAAGGAGAACCCUCUGCAGUUCAAGUUCCGGGCCAAGUUCUACCCCGAAGACGUGUCCGAGGAGCUCAUCCAGGACAUCACCCAGAAGCUUUUCUUCCUGCAAGUGAAGGAGGGGAUUCUCAGCGAUGAGAUUUACUGCCCGCCCGAGACGGCGGUGCUCCUGGGCUCCUACGCUGUGCAGGCCAAGUUCGGGGACUACGGCAAGGAGCUGCACAAGUCCGGGUACCUUGGCUCCGAGCGGCUGAUCCCCCAAAGAGUCAUGGACCAGCACAAGCUCACCAGGGACCAGUGGGAGGACCGGAUCCAGGUGUGGCACGCCGAGCACCGCGGGAUGCUCAAAGACAGUGCUAUGUUGGAGUAUCUGAAGAUUGCCCAGGACCUGGAAAUGUAUGGGAUCAACUAUUUUGAGAUAAAAAAUAAGAAAGGAACAGACCUUUGGCUUGGAGUUGAUGCCCUUGGACUAAAUAUUUAUGAGAAAGAUGAUAAGUUGACCCCAAAGAUUGGCUUCCCAUGGAGCGAAAUCAGGAACAUCUCUUUCAAUGACAAAAAGUUUGUCAUCAAGCCCAUCGACAAGAAGGCUCCCGACUUCGUGUUCUAUGCCCCCCGCCUGCGAAUUAACAAGCGGAUCCUGCAGCUGUGCAUGGGGAACCACGAGCUGUACAUGCGCCGCAGGAAGCCCGACACCAUUGAGGUGCAGCAGAUGAAGGCCCAGGCCCGGGAGGAGAAGCAGCAGAAGCAGCUGGAGCGGCAGCAGUUGGAAACCGAGAAGAAAAGGAGAGAAACCGUGGAGAGAGAGAAAGAGCAGAUGAUGCGUGAGAAGGAAGAGCUGAUGCUCAGGCUCCAGGACUACGCGGAGAAGACCAGGAAGGCGGAGAAAGAGCUCUCGGACCAGAUCCAGCGAGCCCUGAAGCUGGAGGAGGAGAGGAAGCGGGCGCAGGAGGAGGCCGAGCGCCUGGAGGCCGAGCGCCUGGCCGCGCUGCACGCCAAGGACGAGCUGGAGAGGCAGGCGGCGGAUCAGAUCAAGAGCCAGGAGCAGCUGGCCACGGAACUCGCCGAGCACACCGCCAAGAUCGCCCUCCUGGAGGAGGCGCGGCGGCGCAAGGAGGACGAGGUGGAGGAGUGGCAGCUCCGGGCCAAAGAAGCCCAGGAUGACCUGGUAAAGACCAAGGAGGAGCUGCACCUGGUGAUGACCGCACCCCCGCCGCCUCCGCCCCCAGUGUACGAGCCCGUUAACUACCAUGUCCAGGAGAACCCGCAGGAGGAGGGCACGGAGUACACAGGCUACAGCGCCGAGCUGUCCAGUGAGGGCAUCCUGGACGACCGCAACGAGGAGAAGCGCAUUACCGAGGCCGAGAAGAACGAGCGCGUGCAGCGGCAGCUGAGGACUCUGACCAGCGAGCUGUCCCAGGCCAGAGACGAGAACAAGCGGACCCACAAUGACAUCAUCCACAACGAGAACAUGCGGCAAGGCCGGGACAAGUACAAGACGCUGCGUCAGAUCCGCCAGGGCAACACCAAGCAGCGCAUCGACGAGUUUGAGGCCAUGUGAAGGGCGCCGCCGCCCGGGCUCGGCGGAGCGAGGGCCGCUGGCCGACUCCUAACGUGUACUUGUAUUGAUCGUUCUCGAGACCUACAGCCCUCAUCAUCCUACAGGCCCUUUAAAAAGAGAGUAGUUAUUUCAGUGGGAAUGUUCUAGGGCUGGGAGUUUAUUUUUCCCAACUGUAUCAUAGUGCCAAACAGGCCUGAUUUUUAUUUUUAUUAUUAUCAUUGAAUCACUUCCUGUUUUAUGCUUGGAGCAGGGCUGAAUCAGUUAAGAUGCCUGUAAUGUCUGAAUAACUAACUCCGUGCUGGCAUGUGUGAUAAAAGCCACAUCGUGGCUUACAUUCUGUGCCAUACUUUUUUCUAUUUGAAAUUAGCUGACAUUGAUUUCUUGUUGAUUUCUAUGAAGGAUGCAUCUUUGUAUAUUUGGUUUUUGAAGGAUGAAAUUUUUGAAAAGUCUGAAGUACUCUCUCUCACACACUUGCACACACGAUUUCCUUCCUCCAGGCCUUCAGUUCAGUUGAUGAAAUCCUGUGAUCAUUCGAUCACUCAGGAUAAUUUUUUUUCUUUCUUUUUUAUGCUUAACAGCUAGAGGGCUACAUUGUUGGACUUAUACACCUAAAUAAUCAGCUGUAGAGUACAGUAUUUAUAUGUAAGUGAUGAGAUGGGUUUGUAACAUUAGUUUAAAAAAGGGAAAGUUUCAUUCUGUAUAUUUUGUUACCUUUUACAGAAUAAUAAAAAUUACAUAUUAAAAACCA